UUGAAUUGUCAUGGAAACGAAAGUAGCAUUUUAACAUUGAUUUCCCAUUAUACUACAGUCUCUAAAUUAAAGUAAGUGUAUUAAACUUUCGCUGCAGAUGAAUGGUGCAAGGAUUUCUAAAAUAUAGAAGUUUUACGACAUGGAGAAAACAGAAAAUACUCAAAAUUCUCGCACCGCUUACGAAGUGCAAAGGGAUUUUGGCUUUAGCAGUGGACUGCGUUCGGAAAUUAUUUGGGAUUCAUUAGCUCCAGAUCAAGGAGAUGUUCUUAAGCAAAAGAUAGAUAACCUCAUUUGCGAGGAUGACGCCCGCAAUGUCAAGGCGAUUCAACGAAAGCGGGAGCAGCUUUUCCGGAAUAUUUGGAAGCAGCGAUGUUACACCAACGGCACAUUGCUCUCCGCCAUUAUUUACGUGCUGGUCACGCCGGAUACAGACCCGGAAUCGGCCCUGCAGUCCACCAACUACUCCUGUCACCCUGUUUUUCGCACCCGGCGCUGCAUGAAGGGCGAGAACAGCGCCGCCAGCUGCAUGAUUUUUGUAGACGAAAAUGCACGGGUGUACUCCAAUUGGGAGCAGUUCGUCUUCCGGAACACCCUGCCCAAGGGCUUAAUGAUCGCCCCUAGCCAAGGAAUUUACACGUUCACCGGGGACGAGGAGCCGGGCGUCCAGUUGAUGGUCCAUCCAACGCCCGCAGCGCGUGCCAGAUAUAAAUUACUGAAUGCUGGCGAUAAAGUCGCCACUGUGGGUAGCCUGGUGUCCACUGUUCCGGCGGCGGCAGCUCUGGCUGUGCCUCUGGGCGCUCCCCUCGUGAUUGCCGCCACCGCUGUGGGCGUGGCCACCGGAAUCUACAGCACCCUGCGCUCUGCAUCCCAUCUCAUUGAUCGCCGACGGCACGGGCAGUCCACCUGCAUUACGGAUACCGAGGCACGCAGCUCUUGGUUGGGCGUAGCAGGUGGCGUUGUGAGUCUGGGUGCCACCGGGGCCACUAAAGCUCUGUCCACCGCUGCAGGAGCCGGCUACAAAGUUAAUCCCGCUGCUCAAUUGGCCGUUAGGGGGAUAAAUGGAGCCUCAGUGGUCAUCGCCGGAACGGGUGUGGCCAGUGGUGUUUAUGAUCUGUAUUUGAAACUUGGUGAUAAUCAAGCCAUAAACAGCUUGGACAUGCUGCAGAUGGCCUCGCAUUUGGUGAUAUUCACUCAUUCAAUCAACAAUAUGCGCAUCGCUUCCAAGGCUACCAACGGGUCUUCCUUGAGGCGAGCACUUCGAAAUCAAUCCAGAAAAGUCUUUGAUCGAAUAUCCCAGGAAACAGUGAAGCUGCACAAUGAAGCUGGCCAAUUUGAUAUUGUGAGAACCCUAAACGAAAUUCCUUUUAAGGAGGCACUCCUCAGCCUUCACAAUAUCAACUCGCAUCUAAGUCAGGGACUCACAGUGGCCACCACUUUGUUGCCUCAAAUACUGAGUCUCAGCAGUGGCGGGCAGAUGCUGAUCAAUAUGGAUGUGCUGGCGCAGAAAUUCGGCAGAAAAUUCGUGGAGCAUAUCGGCAAUCUGGCCAGCUUAACGGACGUUUUGGAGGCCAUGGCCAGGUACUUCAGCGAUCAGGCAGUACAACUCCUAAUGCAGAUGACCCGCACUUUCGUAGAGGAGAACGUGGAUUCCAUUGAUCGCUCGCUGAAUACGUUCGUGUCUACUGAGGCGGUCCUCUAUCGCAUUCUAAUGCAUUGCGUUAAAACCUUUGAUGAUUUCGGCGAAGAUUUCCUUCAAAGAUGCCGGGAAGAUGUCUUGAUGGUGGUAUCCAAAUACUUUCGAUCUCUGGAGCCAGUUAGCGAGAAGAACUGCCGCAAGUACAAAUGCAACGUUUGCAAGGGCGCCUACUAUAUAAGCUCCAUAUAGGCUGAUUCCCUGGCUCAAGCUGUCUGUUUAAUCUAUUAUUGGGUGUAAUUUUUGUUUUGACGUAAGAUGUACGACCUAUUAAGUCAAAUUAUGGUGUUAUUAUGUGUAAACCAUUGAGUGAUUAUUAGUUUGUAAUAGAACCAAGAUUUGUCAGCC